AUGGAUCAGGCAAUGCCGAACCAGAUCAAUCACGAACACCGAGAGCUCGUGGGUCCCAGUGGGCAUAUUACGAGCCAACGUUACAAACUAAAGAACCUCCUUGCUAUCGACCCUCUUAGUCAAUCUGCCGCCCUGCCAGAUCUCAGGGAGUCCUCAAUCAUCUCUCCCACUUGCACAAACAGGAUUAUGAACUCUGCAUUCCCUACUAACAAAGAUACGACUGGGACCAGCACAAAUAGCGAUGAUAUGAUGCAUGCCGCGAGGCUUGCCUCUUCAGUACCCCCAGCCAUAUCCAGCAGAGCCUCGUACUCACACCUUCAAGUACCAGCAACGUUCUUCCCCCGCUUCCUUGCGAUGCCCGAGGAGUUGCAGCUCCACAUUCUCCGCUUCAUACUCUUCACUCCCCGGUUCAUCGAGGUUCGCCCAAAUUGUCGCAACGUCCUCAGAUUCCAUGCCGACCAGCCAGCCCUCAUGCAAGUGUGCCGCAAGAUCCGCUAUGCGUUCCUGAACAUCUACCCGCAGUCCUUCCGCCUAUUCAAGGAGCGCAUCUACGUCAAUCCGUGGGUCGACACCAUCGUCGUACACGACACUUCUCUACACAGCUUCUUCGACCUCGCGGAUCGGUACCCGGCCGCUGUCCGACGCGUCGCUUUCCUCUGGAGCGGCCGCGGGACCAGGGAGACCGCGCUCCGGAUCCUCUGCUUCGCGCAGACCGUCGAUCUGCAAGAGCCGAUCAUCACGGCGUGGGAAUUCUCCUGGGACUACAAGGCGCGGACAGGCGUCGCCGGCUUUAUAAACAACGAUGUCACAACAACGGAUCAAGAUAUAAGCUGGCUAGGCAAUUGGAUGGGGACCUUCCAGGUACAGGAUCUGCAUCCGGAUAUUACAGUGCCGGAUAUUCGGGAGAUGGUGCUCGUGCGCCCGGUGCCGGCCAUGACGGAUGCGGAUGCACGACUGAGACCGUGGAUGUUGACCGUGGAUGUUCCAGAGGACGACACCGAGAGUAUGGAGGAGUGAAGCUUGAACCUGCCGUGCGGACAAUAUUGAUCCUCUAAUGACUUGCAUACAGCAGGAUAGGUAUGGCCAGC